CAUCUUUCUAAAAAAGAACAAUCAAUUAUCGUUGAGGCUCGUUUAGUUCGAUCCCACCUUAUAGACUGCUUCAUAACCCGUCCUCUAUAAAUUACAGAAAACUAAAACUUGUUUCCGAUUUAUUUCCAAUCUCCACCAGUUCCUCCAACCUCCUUCCCCUCCAACCUCCACCAACUCCUUCAACCGUGAAAGUCCAAUCACGACCAAAGCAACAAAGGAUGAUGCCAAAGACGCAGUCAGCUUGCUUGCCUUUGGACUCUGGUCAUUUAAAGGACCUCAGGAAGUCUAAGUCUGGCGCCAACCUGCAACAACGUGUACCAGAGGAGGAAGAAGAGCUGCGGGACGUACCAAUAGCGAGUGUUAUGGCUUAAUAUUUGGCGUUUUUUUCGGUAUGAGGCACAAAUCCGAUCAUUCAAGUCCGCUAGUAUGGGAAAGUAGCUUAGGUAGUCACGAUCCUUGUCAGCGGGCACGGGGUCUUGAAAUACUUACACAAUCAUCGGAUUUUUUUGUUGUUGUUCGAACGAAGUAACAAACAGAUGGACCUUCUAACCGCCCCUCAGUCCCAGAACAAGAGGUCGACGAAAUAUUAAGGGUACUAGGUUAAAGGUGUUCCUGUAUUUGCCGUUCGUUUUGCCUUCCUGCUGAAGCUGGACGAAAGGCAUAACGAACGGGGUAAACGAACACCAAAAAGCAAAAACCCACCUGCUCUAAAAAAAAUAGUAGACGAAGAGGGACCAACGUCCUGGAUAUGCGGAGUUCCUUUCCUUCUCUUCAUCCUGUGGCUUUCGUCGAUCGGCGAGGUCUACUUCCCGGAUUUGAUGAACGAUUCCAAUAUAAACUAUUGGAAUUUCAAGUAUAAAGUGGACGUAAACGGUGGUAAGCCGAUGACGUUUCCAUUCGAGAUUUCGAGUAGCUUGGACUCUGGAGAGGAGUCAGGAGAAUAUCUGAAGAAAACAUUGAUGCUGCAGUGGCUCAAUACGUGUGCGAAUGAUUAUGUUCUUGGCAAUGAUCUUUUUUUUCGCACCAGAAAGAUGUAAAAGUGUCAGCAUUAUCAUCCGACCGCUCCUCCUGCUGGUCUUGUUUCAAAAUUAAACAAACUCAAAAAUAGCUUGGGGAGCGGCAGCGGGAGCCUAUGCACAAUUCCACCAAUUGCAACAACAAACUCCAAUUCAAAAUGGAACAAGAUGGCCGCGGUGACACCGCAACAUCUGAGUCUCUAACACAAGGCUGAUUGUCGCAUCUCUGUCGUCACAAACGAAGCAUACCUGAGCUCGCCACAUCAGAAGAAGGCAAGUACGAAGAUCUGCGACAAUGUCAUGCCAGCAAAGGGAGAGCGGUUGGACAUAGUCCUUGCGGCGUCGGCGGAUGCUAUAGAACCCAGCACAACGGCUAUUGUUCGACGACCCCCUCUAAACCCGCUAGUGCACUACCAGAAUAUGGGCAGAUUGGUGGAGCAACAAGCGGCGUCGAAGAGCGCAAUAGACGAGUGCGUGGCAAAGAUGGAGUACGUAAUGAGGGAGAAUCCAGGUAACAAGUACUUGGAUUUUUUUUCGGAACAUCACGUACAGUUGUACUAUAAUGAGGGAACAAAAUUCUAGACACCAAAAGCAUUCCCUUCAAAUCGUCAAAUUUAUUUGGCACCACCAAGACACCAUGAUAUUCACCCUCUCUUCACCCUAAGUCUACUUCACCACUCCAGAUAAAGAAAUAUCGUCAUGGAUGACACAAAAGCUCGUGGCGAGGCCGAUGCACCUGUUCUCGUUCCUAAUUCAUCGUCUGGGAAAUGUAAUGGUCCUCUUCUUCAAGCCUGCUGAGGCAAAGGUGUUGCACCAACAAAAUUGGGUCCUAGCAGCUGGACCUGUUAUGAACAAACGGACACGCUUGUGGAGGAGGUCAAAAUUUAGGGAAAAUUAGGGGAUAUUAUGGCUCCCUAAUUUUCCCUAAAAUUCGUAUGUGCGUUUAAGCGUAACCGUUUGUUUCUAAACCUGCAAUUUGCGAGGGACUAGCGCAGAUAUGUCUUUUCACGGGCAUCGUUUUGUCAUGUGCGCAGCUGAAAACAAUCAUCUACUGCAGUGGGAGUGUGUGGUCAGCUAUCGGCGCAUGGCUUUUUCUGGAGAAAAAGCUGAAUCAGUGGCAAAUCGUACACUAUUUAACUCUAAAUUUGUAAUUUGUAAUUCCAUCCUAUCUAGUAGUUCCUUCUACUCGUCCUCGUGCUUCCAUCUUCCUAUCUAGUAGUUCCUUCUACUCGUCGUGCUUCCAUCUUCCUAUCUAGUAGUUCCUUCUACUCGUGCUCAAUCGAUUGCAAACCUACUCCCGCCUACUUAGUUGUAAAUCUACUUAUCACCUGUUCGUAAUUCGAAAGUUCCACUUGAUGUUGCAACUGUAAGAUAACACUAGAGAAUCUGCAGGAGACUACCGCCACGAACGUCAGCAUCAACAGCUUCUGUGAAAAUACUUGUACAUUUACGUCAACGAACUCCCACCUCCCCGACAGGUCGGCAUGGCUCUCGUUAUCCUCGGCUUGGUGUCAAAGUCCAAAUCGAGCUUUGACACUAUCGCUAGCGAAGGUUCUGGUGACUUGUUUGCUAUCAUGCUCAUGCUGACAGGAACGAUUCUCCACAGUCUGACCAACGUUUUCAAUCAGAAGAUUCUGACGGUACAGACACUUGUAAAGUUUCUUGCUGUCCUCGUUCUCGUAGCCAUAGCCUUAUAGUCUAUGUUUGCAAUGAAGCUAUCUGCUACGCUUCGGCUUAAAGCGAAGGCAACGAUGGAGCUUCAACAUUGCGAUGAACACCAGUACCCUGUUCAAAGGUUUCGGGAUCUUGGUGCUCAUCAGCACCAUCAUACUCAGGGAUCGGAUUAUUAGACUGAAGAUCGCUUACACUUCUAGUGCACUUAUCAUCCUCUGCUCUCGUUCAUUGUUCUAGCCCUAAUAUUAUUGUCAUCCUCCUCCAUCCUAGGCAUGCGCUACCGACGAAAUGAAGCCGAUUCCUCCUGCCUCAUUAGCCGUGAUGAUCGGCAUUAUAAGUUGUGUAUUGUAUGGCUUCUACUUUUUCGGAUGGGUCUAUCCGGAAUGGGAGGAUAUUGUACUGAUGCCGGUAAAUAGCGACAAAUGGACCCUCGCUUGGAUCGGAAUCAUUGGUCUUCUUAAGGCUCUUUAUUUUGAUCACGACUUCUGUCACCGAAGAAGAAGAUAGAGAUUGAGAUACUAGUCUCGCUAUAAUUAUAUAACUAUAUAAGUAAAGCAACCGGUUAGUUUUCACCUCGAUCACAAUAGUAGACUUAUCCCGUGCAACAAUAUAACUACCUCCUGUUACUUGAUCAUGAGUUGAUGGGGUAGUUCGUAUGCUGCAUAAGAUAUGGAGGCGCGUGGAGGAUCUUCUAUGCAUUUAUAGCAUUCAAGGCACUCGGAGUUACUCCGGUUACAACUGUACUCCCUCUUCUAAGCUCCUCAUCAGCUCAUGGCUUCACGCAGCGUCGUUCUUCUUCCUUCUAGGCAACAUUGGUGUCGUCAGUUGUGGCAUGGUUAAGGGUGCGCAGACCGGUAGCUACGUGGUGCUGUCGCAUAUGCUAUGGUGCGACUACGACAGCAAUCCAAAACAGUGUAUCGACACUUUCACCGGAAUUGCGACAGGAUUGAGUAUUAUGGGUGAGCCUAGUAUUCGCGCUGUGGGUCAAGCUACAUGAUGAUCAGCAUCGUUUUGUAUACUGCUCUCCUCGUCCGUGGUCAGAAAAAAAGAAUUCAGAAUGUGUGGCUAGUGAGCCAAUACAUUCACAGGGAAAUAUAUGAAACCAAAAUCUGUUAUCAUUAUCGUACUUUUCUACUUAAGAAACUUGAUAAUGAUAACAGAUUUCCGUUUCAUAAAAUAAAGAAAUGAGAAACCCUCUUCUCUUCGUCCGCCUCUUCUAAUCUGGUAGGAGGCGUCCUAGUCUACUCUUACGCAAGCGUCUACUGCGGUCCCGGGAAACCAGCUACACCGGAGACAGACGUAGAGGCACAAGAGGACCCGGUGGGAGACUUGAAAGUUCCUCUUUCCGUGGUCCAGAAUAGUGAAGGCCGAUCAAUCACGCUCUACAGUCGUGCUGAUAGACAGAAAACAUCGAGCGUUUAUUCCAUAUCCAUGAACCACGUGGUGGAUGAGACCGAGAUGCCGACCAGGGGUUCUUUAUGAACUGAGGGAUUUGAUCGUCCAAACAGCAGGAAUGGCGAUGCACACAGAUGCGGAACUGAAGAGUCUGCUGUUGGACUACAUCUUGACUUCAUGAACUAAGGGGCAAGUAGUUAUAGUGAUCUCAGUCAAACAUUAUCACUGACGGUGGAUCCUCUAGUAGUAUUUGAGGUGUAGAGAAUUCAUCUCCAAAGUCAUCUGGAAGAAAAUCACAAUGGGAAAAAUCUUAACCUAUCCUUUCUUUAGCCUGAAGCCCUAACCAAGUGAUCUCCAAAGAAGGUUGUUAGCUUUUUAGAAACUCAAAGAAAAAAAAUCUCUAAUCCCUUCGAUCCUCGCUCGCCCAUCGUCCACUGCGUCGAUGAUGAAGUUAGCGGGAAGGGGAACAGCAGCAGGAGGACCGACUUACCGCAACACCAGCGCGAUGAUGGAGAUGGAGAAAAUGAGAGCUGAAGGUCAGAAAUAAGUAGAGGAACCUGGAAGUGCAGGAGCUGUAAGGACUCAAGAAAUACACCAAUUACCUAGUUGAGCUUGGUACUUUAAGGCUUUGCGUUUUCUGAUACUUUACUAGAGUCGGGGCAUUCCUUUCCUAGAAUCGGGACACACAGUCUGCUCCUGGAGCUGAGACUACGGCUACGACGCCCAGCACUAGUCUGAUUUUCUUCGACCGUAAGGUGUAGUUGAGAUGGAUGGUCGCACGACUCGAUGAAUAUACUUGUUCAUAGGUAUUACCGGUUUUCACGUCUUCACGCAUUACAAUAAGUUACGUCGCCUCGUUUUUUCUUGUCAUAGAUAACUGUGCAUGAAGUUCGACCUGUACUGUUAGCUCUUGAUGACUUCGGUCAUGUUCACGACUAUCAGAACUUAUCUCUACGGGCACUAGUGGCGGCGCUAUCUUCAGGGAUACACACAUACAAGGUCAAUGAUGCCAGGACUAACAUAAACAUGAUUGAUCACUAAGGGUAAGGCAUGAACCAAAAGAACCACGGAUACAACCCUUAUCUAUCUACAACUAGAACUAGUUCGACGCAAGAAGUAGUAUAGCUAGAUUGAUACCGUGGCUCGCUCAUAGUCAUCACCUUGUCGUUUAGUUUCAUCUUCAUAAUGAUUCCUACGACGUGUUCCGAAGUUUAGUCAGUGUUGUAGUUGUUUGAUGCUUCUUCUACUCCCUUGUGCCGCCGGCGAUAGAUGUAGUCUCACAAACAAAAAACACCCUUUUUAGGAGAGACUGUUGCUACCUAGUGAUCGAGAUGGGUUGUAAUUGAAUGGAACUAUAGCGGGAACUUGUAGACCCAGGACGCUGAGGAAAAAACAAAGUGAUCGCUUGGUAGUUUUAGGUGCCUGGCCGUUGUGCUUCAGGCUUCUCGCAGGGUAAUUAAAUGCUCGCAUCGCGAGAAAUAAAUAUAGACCCAGGCCCCCAAAAAAAAGUGAUCGAGGUGGCAGCGCGAAUGAAUGAAUGAAAAAUAACAUGAAACAUGCCAUAAUUAUAUGAGAUCUAUCUUCAGCUUCAUCGAUUGCUCCAGCUUCAUCAUCUACAUCUUCCUUUCCGCAUGUGAAUGACUACAUCAUCAACCAAACAUGCAUCUCCAUGUUUUGCUUUGCCUCAAGGCUAAACUAUGCCUACCUUCAUGUUGUUGCCCAACAUGUCAAUACGUACCAUGUUGAUCAUCGGCAAUUUUGUAGAUCUACUUCGCGCAGUAUACUCACAGCUGCCGCCAUGCGAGACAGGUACCUGAGCAGAAGAUCAUCCUUCAACACUUUAACUUUUCUGUUGAAACACGGCCUAAGAGCCCGACUUUUUUUUUCCAUAGAAUGAAUGAAUGAAACAAGACUGUCAGAUGGAUAUAUUGAUUGUGCUAUUUCGUUGUCAUGCCUAGGCUUAUCUGUCUGUGUCGUCGUUUGUUAAUUUGCUAGAGGGUAGCGGGUUAUCUUCACUUUCGUUUAAAAUUAGUCUAGUAAUACAUGUCGUUAUUCGUCGUCGAGUUCGCUGAUCGAGGUUCGACCGUGGGUGUGGAGGUGGUGGGGGAGCAGGCUAACCCUACCAUAUAGCGGUAGGCACCAAAUAAACUCCCCGAGAGCUGCGCCGGACUGAGGACCGGAGUGAGAAACAGGGACAAGAACGAGAUACUUAGCGAAGACGAUCUUCUUCCACCUCAACCCGUAGACCUUUUCAAAGUUGUGAUAUUGUGUUUUCGACGCAGUUGAAGCAGAAGGCAGCCUCAGAAAAGGACCUCGAGUAUACUCAAUCUCAAAAAUGGC